CGAAAACUCCCCUACAGCAAUGAUGGAGGAGUCUUCUAAAACUGCGAGGUUUGAUUUUUACUCCGACCCUGUGGCAGCAUUCUCCUCAAGCAAGAAGAGCAUGACCGGUAACCUCAUCGCUCAAGCUUACGCCGCGCCUCCAACUCAUGGCGGAUCUCCUGAAACGAGGUUUUCACCUUCAGCUCAAGUGCCGCAAAGCUAUUAUUCUCCUGAUCAGAGACACCAAAGACCCGUUCACUACAGUGGCUUUGCUCCUCCUGCUCAUCAAGUGCAGCAAAGCUAUUAUUCUCCUGAUCAGAGACACCAAUGACCCAUUCACUACAGUGGCUUUGCUUCUCAUAAAAACCCAGCAGGAAUGGGCAGUCCAUUUCCUACACAUCAUGGAACUACACCUAGAGGUUGGGAUGGACCAGGCACAUAGCUUUAACGUUGUUUGCAUUUUCACUGCUAUAGUACUUGAACUGCUAUUACUCCAAAAUCGGUCGAGAGACCGCUCUACGUGUCCAAGCCAUUAUUCGCCUCAUCAGAGACACCAAAGACCCGUUCACUACAGUGGCUUUACUCCUCACAGAAGCCCAGCAGGAAUGGGCAGUCCGUUUCCUAUGCUUCAGGGAACUACACCUGGAGGUUGGAACAGACCUGGGAGCAUACCUAAUUAUGGUUUUCCAUCUAAUGCGGGAGCUGGCACACUAGCCCCUGGUUCUGAUGCAUAUGGCCCUGGAGUCGUUCAUGGGCAAAGCAGGGGUCAUUGGCUUGGGACUAGUCCAAAGUUUACUUCAGGACAUGGAGGUACACAUAUUUCAGGAAGAGGCAUAGGAUACUGGCAUGGAAGCAGUAUGAGCCCGGGUUCUGGACGGAGUGGUGGAAGAGGGCGAGGUUUCCAUCCUCGUGGCUUACAACCUGAUCGUACAUUGGGGCCAGAACGAUUUUACAACAAAUCCAUGGUUGAAGAUCCAUGGCAGCAUUUGAAACCUGUUAUAUGGAAGAGUUUGGACACCCCUGGCUCUUCAAAUUCGUGGCUUCCAAAAUCUAUCAGCAUGAAAAAGGCGAGAGUUCCGGAAGCCCCCAACAAGACCAAUUCUCAACGAAGCCUUGCAGAAUACCUCGCUGCCUCAUUCGAUGAGGCUGUGAAUGAUGCAGCAGGGGUAUAGGAGGUGCCACAACAGAGUGUACUAUCCAGUAUGGACCCAUAGUGGACUUGGAUCAUAUACCACCUUUAAGAAGUUGUGAAUAACGUAAUCAUUUUUGUGAUGAUUUUUUGGCCAGAACCCCCAAUGAUAUAACCCUGUUUUCACUUUACCUCCAUGUGGUUUGUUCUCUAUUGCUUUGCCAUUGUUUUUUCUCCUCCAUUAAAACUAAAUAAAGUAAAUCUAAGAGGAGAGGACGGAUA